AGCAUAGAAAAAUUUGCCCAGAUUUCUUCACGCUAUAUGGCUACAGAGGCUAUAAAGAUUGGAUCGGGUUCCUUUCCAAUACAUUGGAACAUUGCAUUGUCACGAAGAUCUCUCGAUUGUCUUGCUUGUUUCUUUAUACUUCUUGUUGGAACAAUGCCGUAAAGGAGGUUUCGCUAGUUUUCGUACAAAGAUAAAAAACCGUGGGAUAUUCCUCAGAUGAGCCUUGGAGUACGGACUCGGCAUGCUAGCAAGAACAAGAGGAGCCAGCGGGAAGUAGAGGAGGGAGGAAGAUUAGGGUUUGUGUGGAUGCGCGAUGGCGGAGGGGAUCGACAUGCACACCCGCGGCGAUGCCGGCGGCGCCGUGACGGAGUCUCUGCUAUGGAGCGAUGCGGUGGCGGCGCAGCAGCCGUGGAGGCUCAGCCUCCGCCGCCCCGAUCGCGUCGAUGUGGCGCCUGAUUCGCCGCGGAAUUCCAUGCACGAUUGCCUCAAGAAGUGGUCGACCACUCCAGUGGAUGAGUUCUAUCAGCAGCAGCUCGAAAUGCUCGAUUCCUUCUCGGAGCUGGACAGCAUUCAAGACCGAGGGCCAAUGUCCGCCGGUGACAAGGAGAAGAAGGAUGAGACUGCGCGGCGCGAGACGAUGGCUAUCCGGAUCUCAAACCUGGCGAAUAUGGUGCUCUUCGCGGCCAAGGUAUAUGCAUCGAUUCGCAGCCGGUCUCUCGCUAUCAUCGCGUCGACGCUGGAUUCGUUGCUGGAUCUCUUGUCCGGCUUCAUCCUUUGGUUCACUGCCUUUUCGAUGCAACGGCCGAAUCCAUAUCUCUAUCCCAUUGGGAAGAAGCGAAUGCAACCACUGGGGAUUCUUGUGUUUGCUUCCGUGAUGGCGACUUUGGGACUACAAAUUCUCCUUGAAUCCGGGCGGAAGCUCAUCAACAAUGAUCAUGACUUGGCAUUGGACGGUAGCAGGCGCGAUUGGGUGAUUGGGAUCAUGGUGUCGGUCACUAUUGUGAAGUUACUUCUCAUGAUCUACUGCCAGUCGUUCAAGAACGAGAUCGUGCGAGCCUACGCGCAAGAUCACUUCUUCGAUGUGAUCACCAACGCAAUCGGGCUGGUUGCGGCGGUGCUCGCUGCUCGCUACUUCUGGUGGAUCGAUCCGACCGGCGCCAUUGUUCUCGCGCUUUACACGAUUAGAACUUGGUCGGUCACAGUGCUAGACAACGUAAAUUCGCUGGUGGGCCGGACGGCGUCCCCGGACUAUCUCCAAAAGAUCACGUACUUGUGCUGGAACCACCACGAAGAGAUUCUCCAGAUUGACACGGUUCGCGCUUACACAUUUGGCUCUCACUAUUUCGCCGAGGUGGAUAUAGUGCUGCCCAGACAUAUGCCUUUACAGCAGGCUCACGAUAUCGGCGAAUCUCUCCAGAACAAGCUGGAAUCUUUGCCGGAUAUCGAGCGAGCAUUCGUCCAUCUCGACUAUGAGGUCUCCCACAGGCCAGAGCACUCGAAUUACGACGAUGCCUGACAAAAAUUAAAAAAUUAGAAAAUUACCAUUUUACCAGAGAAAUGUACACUUAAAUAAAAGUAAAAUGAGAAAAGAAUCUUGCACUGUUU